AUGGCCCUACGACUAGCAACACGGCGCUUUGCGCCACAGCUCAUUGCCCGCCGCGGCAUGGCCAGCGUCGUCGACACGGCCAAGCAAGCAACCAGCGCGCCUGGACUCGUCUCAGAGGCCACCUCCGCUUCCACAGCACCAAAGCCAGCCAGCCAGUCAAACACGAUCCGAGACCCCACGGCCGACCCUAAUGCGAAGAUCAAGACCUUCCAGAUCUACAGAUGGAAUCCUGAUGAGCCUCAGACCAAGCCGAAGAUGCAGUCUUACACAUUGGACUUGAACAAGACGGGACCUAUGAUGUUGGAUGCUCUGAUCAGGAUCAAGAACGAGGUGGACCCUACUCUCACAUUCCGAAGAUCAUGCAGAGAGGGUAUCUGCGGCAGUUGUGCCAUGAACAUUGAUGGCGUAAACACAUUGGCAUGCCUUUGCCGAAUUCCUACAGACACUGCAAAGGAGUCGAGGAUAUAUCCAUUGCCACACACAUAUGUUGUCAAGGACCUUGUUCCGGAUUUGACGCAAUUCUACAAGCAGUACAAAUCCAUCAAGCCAUACUUGCAGCGUGAUUCUCUUCCCGAAGACGGCAAGGAAGUCCGACAAUCUAAGGAAGACCGCCGCAAGCUCGAUGGAAUGUACGAAUGUAUCCUGUGCGCGUGCUGCAGCACAUCCUGCCCAUCAUACUGGUGGAACAGUGAAGAGUACCUUGGACCAGCCGUGCUCAUGCAGUCGUACCGAUGGAUUGCAGACUCUCGUGAUCAGAAGGCUGCAGAGCGCAAGGACGCCUUGAACAACAGCAUGAGUUUGUACAGAUGCCACACAAUUUUGAACUGCAGCAGGACAUGCCCCAAGGGCCUGAACCCGGCAUUGGCCAUUGCCCAGAUCAAGAAGGAGAUGGCUUUUGCGUAGAGGUAUCGGUUGCAUGGUCCGCGAGAAGAGUAGUGAGUUACCAGCAGCAAAAACGCUAGAUUGGGCAUAGGUAAAUACACCAGAAACUGUUUGUAAAUAAGCUAUUUUGAAAUGGUCAGAUGAUGGGAUUCCUUCGCGGUGCUCUAGCACAAUCGUCUGGCUGUCGUCUGCCAUUGUGUCGUUCCGGCUCCCCAGGAUUGCACGCGCUGUGUUUGUCUGGACCCAAAUUGGAAGAAUGUCCUGCUCCCCUGCCUCCUCACAAUGAGUCAACUGUGGGGCAGUAUGUUACCGUAGAGGAUACAUACCUUAUAAGGCU